AUGGAGCUUUUGAUAGCAAUAGAUGAACCUAACUUCCAUAAAUUAAUUCCUUGCGUUCAAGAAUACUUGAUUGAACAUCGAUAUGAAUUUUUGCAACAAAAUAUUAUUGAAAUUCUUGAAACAGGUAUUAUUGCACAAAAUCCUUCUAUUUCACAAGACGCCACAAAUUGGAGCAAGGAUGAUAUUACAAUUAUUGAGAAAACUCUUCAUGAUUUACUCUAUUAA